UGGAGCCAGUUGACUGAUUUGACCCAUGAGGUGAUCGGAGCUGACUUGAGAAACUGGGCCACUUUUGCUGUCGGGCCUGGCCACGGGUUGCAGAUGAGCUCUGGGCGGUUGUUGGUUCCCGCCUAUGCCUACUACAGCCACUGGAAUUGCUUCACCCACUGCGCUGCUUGCUGCACAAGGCCACAUUCGUUUAUUUUCUACAGUGACGACCACGGGCAGAACUGGGCACGGGGCCAGCUCCUGAGGAGCUUGCAGACCAUAGAAUGCCAGGUUGCUGAGGUGACUCGCCAAGACAACGGCUGUGUGUUGUACUGCAAUGCCCGCAGUCCAGACAAGUAUAGAGUUGAAGCCUUUAGUAUGGACUAUGGAGGCCAUUUUGGGGAAUACUUUCUGUGCAAGGACUUGCCGGAGACAGGAAAUGGCUGCCAGGGCAGUGUGGUGAGCUUCACCCCUUUGCGGAAGCCCUUGGAGCUAGGCCGAAGAGAUAAUAUUGCUGCAUCGGCUCACUUUCUGGGUGGCCAUCACUCAAACGCUCUCGAGACCACUAGGUCCUGGAUGGUUUUUUCCCACCCCACAAAUAGACGCAAGCGAGUCAACCUGGGCAUCUACCUCAACACCACUCCGCUGGUGAAGAGCAGCUGGCGGGGCCCCUGGGUGCUGUACGAGGGGCCCUGCGGCUACUCGGACCUGGUGGUGUGCGAGGAGGGCCAGGCACUGCUCUUUGGCUGCUUGUUUGAAUGCGGAGCGUCCAGUGAAUGUGAGGAGAUUGCCUUCCAACUCUUCACCGACGUGGAGCUCCUGAGGAACGUGAGG